AGCAUUAAAUCUUGUGAAUACAAGUUUUGAUACCAUUCCCUGUCCAAAGGGUACUCUCCUAAUAAUAUUAGUAAUAGUAAUCACUAUCCAAAUUAAAACCCUAUCACAUAAGAAAACAACCUAGCUCACCACCCCAUCUUAUUAUUAUUAAUAAUAUUUAUACUUUUGGAAUAUUACCAAGAGAUAAAUCUCAAGGAAGGGAUGCUCAAGAAGCCACAGAGGAAUAUCUUGUGAGGCUUUGAUUAAGCUAAGUAAUAUUAGCUAGUUGUGUCUCUGGGGUUUUCCUUUCUCUUCCAUCUUAUCUUUUCUUUGUUUCUGUUUUUGUUUUUUCUUUCUUGUGUGUCAAGUAGUAUAGUAUAAAUAGUUGAAGAGGGGUUUGGGUUAUGGCAACGGUACUAGAAAAAGCCUUUGGUUCUAUCAUAUCUUCGGUUGCUUAUUGUUACUAUCUCUUUCGAGAUACCAAUAGUGUUCACCACAAAAGCGUUCGCCAUCACCCCCACAGCCACCAUCACCACCACCACGACUACAAACACUACAACAAAAUGCCCAAGAAGGGUCGUCCUCUUUCUUUGCAGACUGUGGAUCUCAAAGUUAGGAUGUGCUGCACUGGCUGUGAACGAGUAGUCAAAAGUGCUAUUCAUAAGCUUAGAGGGAUUGACUCGGUGGAGGUAAACCUAGAGCUAGAAAAGGUAACAGUAGUUGGGUAUGUUGACCGGAACAAGGUGCUAAAGGCGGUGAGGAGGGCGGGGAAGAGGGCGGAGUUCUGGCCGUACCCUGAUAUACCGCUCUACUUCACUUCCACAAGUGACUACUUCAGAGACACCACCAAUGAGUUCAAGGAAAGCUACAACUACUACAGGCAUGGCUACAAUAUUGGCGAGAAGCAUGGUCGAAUUCCCGUCACUCAGAGGGGAGACGACAAGGUCAGCAACAUGUUCAACGACGACAAUGUCAACGCUUGUUCUCUCAUGUAAUAAUAAUUAAUACUAACUCUGAUCUCUAUUUUAUAACCAACUCUCUAUAUAUGUAUAUGUAUAUGUGUAUGUGCUGGUGUGUAAUGUACUUUAUAGAUAUGAUCUUUACCAUCACAUCUAUGUGUGUGUAUAUGCAUAAUGCCAUGAUGUUUGAUCGUUAAGGAUUGGAGAACUUGAAUUAUAUAUUAUGUAAGGAUUAUAUAUUUCAAUAUAUUUCUCUCUUAUACCUAGAUACAA